AUGAUAACCACAUGUAUAUAUUUGCCAUCUCCAUUGCUUCCUCCUCAUGCCCGCACUUCCCAAACUCCAUUGACAACACAUCUCUACCUCCUUCUCAAGUCUCAAGGAUACAAAACAAACACCAUCAUCAUCAUGCCUUCCAGCGCUUUCAACUGGGGUGCCAUCGAGGAGGCUAUCGAUAUGAAUGAGGUUGUCCCCGGCAAAGGUAGCAAGAUAGUGUUCAUGCCCGUCGCUCGCGACGUCAUCCAGGACAUGCAGAGCAACAAAAGAAUCACCAUGGCCGCUUUGCGUCAAGACUGCCAGGAAGUCCUCAAACAAGUCAACAGGCAGUACCAGUCAGCAGCCCGCUCCGUCGCCGACAGUGUCACCCUCAGUGUGAAGGAGACUUCAACAAGCUGAUCAUCAAGAGACAUUUCUUUGCCUUUAUGCUGGGUUGGAUCGAGAUGUCGAGGGUGAAGCAAGGCAUAUCUGAGAUUUCUGAGUCACUGUCGUCCAACUGGAUUCUUUUGCCCAUUAAAUCAGAUUGGGACGUGGAUGCUUAUGAUGCAGACUGGGUCAUGGUUGGGAAGGCCGAUUUGGUUUAGGAGGAAAGGGAUGAAGAUGAGGGCAGACACAUAAGAGAGAGGAAUGAGACAUGAAGAACCAAGCACCAUUGCCCUAUCGAUAGAUCCAUACCACAUCAAAGGAUAAAAAGACGAUGAAAAGAGG